AUGCUCACAAGGAACUGCUUAUCCCUGCUUCUCUGGGUCCUGUUUGAUGGAGGUCUCCUAACACCACUGCAUCCACAAGCACAAGAGAUCUUAGAAGCACAGCCAAGAGAAAAUGUUGUCCCAGUGCCAGGGAGGAGAUCAUCUGCCCAGCGAGUCAAACGAGGCUGGGUGUGGAAUCAAUUUUUUGUGCUGGAGGAGUACAUGGGCUCUGAACCUCAGUAUGUGGGAAAGCUUCACUCUGACUUGGACAAGGGCGUCGGCACUGUUAAAUAUACCCUUUCAGGAGAUGGUGCUGGCACGGUUUUUACCAUUGAUGAGACCACAGGAGACAUCCAUGCCAUAAGGAGCCUAGAUCGAGAAGAAAAACCUUUCUACACACUCCGGGCUCAGGCUGUGGAUGUUGACACCAAGAAACCACUAGAGCCUGAAUCAGAGUUCAUCAUCAAAGUGCAGGACAUUAAUGAUAAUGAGCCAAAGUUUCUGGAUGGGCCUUAUAUUGCCAGUGUCCCAGAAAUGUCUCCAGUGGGAGCAUACGUGCUUCAAGUUAAGGCGACAGAUGCCGACGAUCCCACUUAUGGAAACAGUGCUAGAGUGGUUUACAGCAUUCUUCAGGGGCAACCAUAUUUCUCCAUUGAUCCCAAGACAGGUGUAAUAAGAACAGCUUUGCCAAAUAUGGACAGAGAAGUGAAAGAACAAUAUCAAGUUCUAAUCCAAGCCAAGGACAUGGGAGGACAGCUGGGAGGACUAGCUGGUACUACCACUGUAAACAUUACUCUCACGGAUGUCAACGACAACCCACCCAGAUUUCCUAAGAGUAUCUUCCAUUUAAAAGUACCUGAGACCUCUCACAUUGGUUCUGCUAUUGGACGGAUCAGAGCUGUGGACCCUGAUUUUGGGAAAAAUGCAGAAAUUGAGUACAACAUAGUUCCAGGAGAUGGAGGAAACUUGUUUGACAUCACGACAGAUGAGUACACCCAGGAAGGAGUCAUUAAACUGAAAAAGCCAUUAGACUUUGAAACAAAGAAGGCAUACACCUUUAAGGUGGAGGCCUCCAAUCUCCAUCUUGACCAUCGAUUUCACUCAGUGGGUCCAUUCAAAGAUACUGCCACUGUGAAGAUAAAUGUGUUGGACAUGGAUGAACCUCCAGUGUUCAGCAAGCCCAUGUACACAAUGGAAGUCUAUGAGGAUACACCAGUGGGGACCAUUAUAGGUGCAGUGACAGCACAAGACCUCGAUGCUGGCAGCAGCUCAGUUAGAUACUUCAUGGAUUGGAAGAACGAUGUGGACAGUUACUUUACAAUAGACGCUACUGAAGGAACCAUUGCUACGAAUCAAUUACUGGACAGAGAAAGCACAGCACAAUACAAUCUCUCUAUAAUUGCAAGUAAAGUUAGUAACCCACUAUUAACCAGCAAAGUCAAUGUUAUAAUAAAUGUUUUGGAUGUCAACGAGUUUCCUCCUGAAAUUUCAGUUCCAUAUGAGACAUCUGUAUGUGAAAAUGCCAAGCCAGGACAGGUGAUACAGACCAUCACUGCAGCAGAUAAAGAUUUGUCACCAGCUGGGCAAAGGUUUUCCUUCAAACUGUCAUCUGAGGCUUCCAACAAACCAAACUUCACAGUCCAUGACUACAGAAACAACACAGCUGGGAUUGAAACCAGGAGAAAUGGCUACAGCAGAAGGCAGCAAGAGCUGUACUUUCUUCCAGUAGUAAUUGAAGACAGCAGUUACCCUGUCCAGAGCAGCACAAACACUUUGACUAUCCGUGUUUGCAGAUGUGAUUCUGAUGGCACCAUCCAGUCCUGCAACGUGGAAGCAAUCUUCUUACCAGUCGGCCUCAGCACAGGAGCUUUGAUUGCAAUCUUGUUGUGCAUUGUUAUACUUCUAGUCAUUGUGGUACUGUAUGUAGCACUACGGAGGCAGAAGAAAAAAGACACCCUGAUGACCUCUAAAGAAGACAUCAGAGAUAAUGUUAUCCAUUAUGAUGAUGAAGGAGGUGGAGAAGAGGACACCCAGGCUUUUGACAUAGGUGCCCUGAGGAAUCCCAAAGUGAUUGAAGAUAAUAAAAUACGCAGGGACAUAAAACCAGACACCUUGCGUUUUACACGCCACAGACCACCAGCGGAAGAUAACACAGACAUAAGAGAUUUCAUUAAUCAAAGGCUGCAGGAAAAUGAUGUAGAUCCAUCUGCACCCCCUUAUGACUCCUUGGCAACCUAUGCGUAUGAAGGAAACGGAUCUGUUGCAGAGUCUCUGAGCUCUAUAGACUCCUUAACUACAGAGGCAGAUCAGGAUUAUGACUAUCUGAGUGACUGGGGACCUCGCUUUAAGAUCUUGGCAGAUAUGUUUGGAGAAGAAAGUUAUAACCCUGACAAAGUCACUUAAGUACAACUACAACAGUGAAACAAAAUCAAACCAACAACAAAUUUAAAAGAUAAACCUAAGCUUUAUAUAAGACAAUUACUUUGAUUAUAAAAGACAGCAAUUGUUUCCAGCAAGUUACUACAUUUAUCAUACAGUCAGUUUUGGUUUGAUUAGAGAAACGAUGAUAAAUCCUGUAAUAUACACAGGUUUUUGUUGUUGUUAUUUUGUUACUCUGGAAUUACACUGAGACAAGCUCAGGCCUACAAGGUGCAGUUUACUGACCUGACUUAGAAAGAAGGUAGCUUUCUGGCAUCAUGGUGGAAGAGUGGUAGCUUUUUCGUAAUUCCACUAAAGUGCCUAUUGAAACUUUUAUCAUUAAGUGGUAAACUUUCUGCUGUGAUGGUGUUACAAAACUGAAUGGUAAAUCAAACAUGAACUUAAGACAAGAAGCAAUAGCAACAUGCUGACUUCUUUUAGAAAAAAAAUGAAGAUCACUUCCUGGAGUAUCUAAUGACUAGAACUGUGGGGGAGGAGGGGGGUGUGUAUAUUGUGUUUGGGGGUUAUGUUUGUUGUCUUUUUUUUAAAGAAAACAGUAUGUCAAGACAUCAUAUUUCCUCUUCCAGAGUUUCACUGAAAUUUUAAAUUUAAAAUGCUAUUGCUCACUUUGAAGAUGUAAAGCCCAAAUUAAAAAGGAAAAUAUCUUAGCAUACAUCAGUGAAUAUUUAAAAUGUUCAUACAAAUACUACAUUUUUCCAAAAUAAUAAAAAGAUGAAAGCAGCUAUUCCUUGAUGUGAAGGAAACUUCCCUUGUCUUUCCCUCUUCUUUUGAAAUGAGACUAUUAUUAGAACAUAAAAAUUGAGAGGGUUUUUAAAGACUAUUAUUGUACUUUGAGUACCAAGACACCUUUUCCAUUGUAAGUAUCACUAAAGAAGUACAUGUAAAUAACUCCACACCACUUAUCUUUGCAGUUAGAUUGUUACUCUGUAGGCACCAUAAGCAUAUAUAUUAUAAAUAUAGUUAUUUUUCCAUUGACCAUCUGCUACAGUUCAGCAUAUCGCCAUAUUUCACUGCCACACCCACAGGAAACAUUUUAGAAAACCUUUUGA